AUGGAAAACAUCAAAAACCCUAAAAACCCGGAUGAUUAUUCUGAUCGCAUAUCGAAAACCAGUCAUCAAAACAUUGAUACUUCCCUGUCAAGAUCUUACAUAUGCAGUUUCUGCAUAAGGGGCUUCUCGAAUGCUCAAGCACUAGGAGGGCAUAUGAACAUCCACAGAAGAGACAGAGCUAAACUCAGAGAAAAGUUGAUGGAAGACAAUAAGGACGAUGUUGUCGCCGAGAAAAGCAAGCUUGAUACUAGUGAUCAUGGAAAGGUCAUGGAGGUUAGCAUAGAUGGUUCGAGCUCAAGUCAUCACCGUGAGAUUGAAGGACUGGAUCUUGAACUCCGGUUAGGCCAAAGAGCCGUGGAGAAGAAGAAGACAUAA